GACCUUGUUUCAGACAUAUUUUCUUCCGCGCAGAGCCAAAAGUCUCUCUCCCACAUAUUUUUUUUAAUAUAUAAUUUCUCUCUCUACUUUUUUUUCUCUGAAAACUAUUUCAGUAUAAUGAGCUGAAACCGCUUCAUCUUCAUCUUCUUCUUUCCCCUAUAUAAACCACCUGUGACCUUCUCAUUCAUUUCUUCUUCUUCUUCUUCUUCUCUCUGAACAAUUUAAGGCUUUUAUUUCAGUUUGUUCUUUUUGGAAGACUGUAACUCCCCAAGCAAACAAACAAACAAGCUCUUUCACCUUUUGCAUGCACUACUUCAUUCAUCACUACAUUUCUGCAUUUACCAUUCUACUCCUUCCUAUCUAAAAAAUGGCUUCCAAUGGUAGACUUAUCUAAAUAAUUUAUACAUAUAUAUAUUCAACUUUUUUUUUUCUUGAUCCUGAGUUAGGAAGUCUUAGUAACGGUUCAAGUGGAAAGAAGAGAAGGGAAAACAAAGAAUAGUAGUGACAAUAAAGACUGGUGACGAAGAAGUUGAGGUGUGAGUGAGAGAAUAGUACAACUACAAGUAAUGGCUCCGGGGACGAAUAACUGGCUUUCAUUUUCUCUGUCUCCAUUGGAAAUGUUGAGGUCCUCUGAUAAUAAUCAGUCUCCAUUCAUGGCUUAUGAUACUUCCUCCACUGCUUCUCCUCAAUAUUUACUUGAUAGUUUCUACUCUAAUGGCUGGACGAACCAGAAAUCCCAAGUAUUUUUUCCAGAAGGUGAAGACCAUCAAGGCAAACAAAAUGGCCAUGCGGCAAGCAUUGCUGAAUCACCGAUUCUGACCAGCUUCAUAGAUCCACGUACCCAAAACCACCCAGUUCCGAAGCUCGAAGACUUUCUUGGGGACUCGUCGUCGUUGGUUCGGUACUCCGAUAGCCAAACAGAGACCCAGGACUCGUCCCUCACCCAAAUCUACGACCACAGUUCGGCCUAUUUUAACGAUCAACAGCAUGAUCUUAAAGCCGUUACGGCAUUUCAGGCUUUCUCUACCAACUCGGGCUCAGAAGUAGACGACUCAGCAUCAAUCCCAAGAGCUCAGCUGGGUUGCGGAGAGUUCACGGGUACUCAUUCUAUUGAGUCGUCCGGAAACGAGUUGGCAUUCUCGAGCUGUCCUACGGGUUCGUUGUCUCUUGGAGUUGCUACUAAGACCUCUGAGAAGGCCAUUGUUCUCGCUGCUACAGAUUCCACAAAAAAGAUUUCCGAUACGUUUGGCCAGCGAACAUCAAUUUACAGAGGGGUCACAAGGCAUAGGUGGACGGGUAGAUAUGAAGCGCAUCUAUGGGAUAACAGCUGUAGAAGAGAGGGUCAGGCCAGGAAAGGUCGUCAAGUAUACUUGGGUGGCUAUGACAAGGAAGACAAAGCAGCCAGGGCUUACGAUUUGGCCGCUUUAAAAUACUGGGGUCCUACUGCGACCACCAACUUUCCUGUUUCGAACUACAGUAAGGAAUUGGAAGAAAUGAAACAUGUGACCAAGCAAGAAUUUAUUGCAUCCCUUAGAAGAAAAAGUAGUGGUUUCUCAAGGGGUGCUUCAAUAUACAGGGGUGUAACAAGACAUCAUCAGCAAGGUCGAUGGCAAGCAAGAAUUGGCCGUGUUGCCGGGAACAAAGAUCUAUACCUUGGAACCUUUGCCACCGAAGAGGAAGCAGCCGAGGCAUAUGACAUUGCUGCUAUAAAGUUCAGAGGUAUAAAUGCAGUGACAAACUUUGAGAUGAAUCGAUAUGAUGUUGAAGCGAUUGCAAAAAGUGCUCUUCCUGUAGGCGGAGCAGCUAAGCGCCUAAAGCUCUCCCUUGAAGCGGAGGAGAAACCAACUAUAAACCAUCAUGACCAUCAAAAUCAAUGCAACAAUACCAGCAGCAGCAACAACAUCAGCUUUUCAGCUAUGCAGCCAGUUUCAACCAUCCCAUGUGGAAUACCUUUUGAUGCAGCAACUUCAGCUCUUUAUCAUCAGAAUCUCUUCCACCAUUUUCAAUCUAAUUACAUGGGAAACUCUGAUACUACUGUGGGUUCAACCCCGGCCAUGGGGGGAAUGAUUCCUCAGCCUGCUGAGUUCUUCAUAUGGCCUCACCAGACUUGUUGAUAUGGGAUGCUAUAUAAGUAAGUAGUUAGUGGUAUUUUCCAGUCCCUUAAUGUUAGCAGCUAACAACAUUACCGAAAGCCCUCUGUAUGUGGCUUCCUUUCCGGCUGACCAAAAAUCUGACCCCUUUAAUCCCACCUCUCGACCUUGAGGAGUUAGAAGUAAAGGCUAGGAGGUUUUUCUCUUUUUGGUAUGCAGGCUAUAUAACUACUCGAUACAGUAGGAAAAGCUGGAUCUUGUAAUAUUUAACUUGUUUAGAUGGUACAUUGGCUGAAAGGAGGAUAUCUAGUUCAGAAAAAUUUCAUUGAAGAUCUUUUUCUUUCAUUUUUUGCA